CUGCGGGUGCAGCUGGGAGCUCCUAGCAUUCUGAUGGCGGAGCUGGUGGCCACAAUGGUGGUCGGGCCCCUGCUGUCCAUUGUACAGGACAAGGUAUCCAGCUACAUCCUGGACAAGUACAAUGUGAUGGAGGGCAUGGAGGAGCAGCACAGGGUGCUCAAGCGCAAGCUGCCGGCCAUCCUGGACGUCAUCGACGACGCCGAGCAGGUGGCGUCCAAGAGAGCCGGGGUCAAGGCUUGGCUCGAGGAGGUCAAGAGGGUGGCCUACGACGCGAAUGAGGUCUUCGACGAUUUCAAUUACGAGGCGCUCCGUCGCGAGGCCAAGGAGAACGGGCACUACGGCGAGCUCGGCUUCAAUGCAGUAAAGCUCUUUCCCACCCACAACCGUUACGCGUUCCGCGACAAGAUGGGGAAGAAGCUAUGCAGGAUUGUGCAGGACAUUGAGGUCCUGGUGGCUGAGAUGAAUGCCUUUGGAUUUAAAUAUCAGCAACAAGUGCCGGCAUCCAUGCAGUGGAGGCAGACUGAUCAUGUUAUCUUCGAUCCAAAGAAAAUCAUUAGCAGAUCGAGAGACCAAGAUACUAAGGAUAUUGUUGGCGUGCUUCUUGGUCAUGCUAGCAACAAAAAUCUCAUGGUCCUUCCCAUCGUUAGUGUAGGGGGGCUAGGCAAGACCACCUUUGCGCAGCUCAUUUACAAUGAAUCUGAAAUUCAGAAGCAUUUCGAGUUGAUGAUCUGGGUUUGUGUCUCUGACAACUUUGAUGUGGAUUCCCUAGCUAACAGUAUUGUUGAAGCAGCAACUCCCAACAAAAGUACAGUUGACGCAGCAACUUCCAACAGUAGUACAGCUGAAGCAACUUCCAAAAAAAGGCCACUGGAUAGGCUCCAAGAAGCACUAAGCGGGCGUAGAUACCUCCUUGUAUUGGAUGACGUCUGGAACCGAGAGUAUGAUAAGUGGGAAAAGCUCAAGCGCCACCUUAUACAUGAUGCAAAGGGUUGUGUGGUUUUGACAACUACUCGUGAUGAAGGAGUUGCAAAAAUAAUGGGUACAGUUAAAGCCUAUAAUCUCGCAGCUUUGAAGGAUAACUUCAUACAUGAAAUUAUUGAGACAAGAGCAUUCAGUUUGCAGAAUGAAGAAGAAAGGCCUGUCGUGCUUGUUAAUAUGGUUGGUGAGAUUGUGAAGAGAUGUCGUGGUUCUCCUUUGGCCGCAACAGCACUCGGCUCUGUGUUGCGUGCAAAGACAAGCGAAGAGGAGUGGAAGGAUAUAUCACUCAGAAGCAACAUUUGCACUGAGGACUCUGGCAUUUUACCAACACUCAAGCUCAGCUACAAUGAAUUAUCAUCGCAGAUGAAGCGGUGUUUUGCUUUUUGUGCUGUGUUUCCCAAGGAUUAUGAGAUUGAUGUGGACAAGCUGAUCCAACUAUGGAUCGCGCAUGGCUUUAUCGAGGACCAAAAAGAAGUUCGUGCUGAAACCAUUGGCAAGCGGAUUUUCAGUGAGCUGGCCUCAAGGUCAUUCUUUGUGGAUGUGAAGCAAGUCCGAGUUUCAUUUAACGAGCGCCGGCGGUGGCAUAAUUAUUCCAAAAAUACAUGUAAAGUCCACGAUCUGAUGCAUGAUGUUGCACUAUCUACAAUGGAAAAAGAAUGUGCUCUCACACCCAAGGAACCAAGUCGGAUUGAGUGGCUUCCAGAAACAGCUCGGCACUUACUUUUGCCUUAUGAAAAUCCAGAUAUUAUUUUGAAUGAUUCUCUCGCGAGAAGAUCUCCGGCUAUCCAGACACUUCUGUGUGAUGUUUAUAUGGAUCAUCCGUUGCAACAUUUAUCAAAAUACAGCUCUUUGAAGGCAUUACAACUCCGUACAUGGAGUAGGUCAUUCCCCUUGAAAUCAAAGCAUCUGCAUCACCUAAGGUAUCUUGUUCUUUCAGGAAGUUGUAUUGAAGCACUUCCUGAAGAUGUAAGCAUUCUAUACAACCUGCAAACAUUAAACGUCUCUGGCUGCCGCAGACUUUGUCGGCUCCCAAGGCAAACGAAGUAUAUGAAUGCCCUUCGUCACCUCUACACUCAUGGUUGUCCAAAGAUGAGGAGCAUGCCUGGUGACCUCCGAAAACUCAUGUCACUACAAACACUUACAUGUUUUGUAGCAGGUCCUACUGGCUCUGAGUCUGAGUGCAGUGGUGUUGGAGAGUUGCAACAGUUAAACCUUGGUGGUGAGCUACAGCUGCAUCAACUAGAGAAUGUGACAGAAGAAGAUGCAAAAGCAGCAAAUCUCAAAAACAAGAAGGAACUUCAAGAAAUGUCACUAAAAUGGACCGUUGGUGGUAGGGAUGAUGCAAGAGUGCUCGAGGGUCUCAAACCUCAUGAUGAGCUGCAGGCUAUAAAGAUAGAAUCCUAUGGAGGCACCACCUUUCCAACAUGGAUGGCUAUCUUGCUAAAGAUGGUUGAGAUCCAUCUUUCCGGUUGUAAAAAACUUCAAUGGUUAUUCAGUUGUGGUACAUCCUUCACUUUUCCAAAUCUGAAGGUGUUUACCCUACAAGAUCUGGAAUGUUUGGAACGUUUGUGUGAAAUAACAGAUAAGGAACAAGAUGAAGAGAUAAUAUUUCCUCGCCUUGAGAAGCUGUGUGUUAUAGGUUGUCCAAAGCUGACAAUGAAAGCUAAAGCACCAAAGCUGACUGGGUUAGACUUCGAGGGAGUUGAGGAAGAGAUAUUCCUGUGGGUAGCUAGAUAUAUGACUUCAUUGACAACUUUGAAUCUGCAGAAUCGUAAAGACACAGAAACAACUUCGGUGGCAAUGGCGGAAGUGUCUGAUCUUAGUUUGGCACAAAUGGUGGAGGUCAAGGAAAGAUGGAACCAUCAUGAUUUCCCUUUUGCAAAGUUGAGCUUAAAUGGCUUAAAGUUAGGUGUGACCGAGCUAUGUGCAUGUUUUGUGCGGCUUCAAUGGUUGGACAUCAAUGAUUGUGAUGCGCUUGUCCAUUGGCCAGAGAAAGAGUUCCAAAGCUUGGUAUCCUUGAGGAAUCUGGAGAUUGCAGACUGCAAACAACUGGUUGGGUACGCACAAGCUCCUGCAGCUGAGCCAUCAACAGCAUCCUCAAGUCAGCUCCUGCCACGUCUUGAGUUUGUCCGGAUAAGUGGUUGUGAGAGCAUGGUAGAGGUCUUCAAACUCCCUGCAUCCUUGAGGAAAAUGGAAGUUGAUGAUUGCACUAAGCUCAAGUCCAUGUUCAGCAGGAGUCUGCAGCAGGGACAAUCAGCAUCAUCGAUUCUUCAAGGGUCACCUGUACAUUCUUCAAGGGUGGAACAGUUUCCCUUUCCAUGUUUAGAAGAGAUAUUCAUAUCUGCUUGUGACAGCUUAACAGGGGUCCUCCAUCUUCCCCCAUCCCUCAAGAAAAUUACAGUUUAUGACUGCUGCGAGUUGAGAUCAGCGGAAUCUCACUCGGGAGAGUUCCCAUCAUUGGAGAGCCUCGAGAUUGGAAAUUGCGAAACCCUGUCAUCCCUACCGGAUGGGUCGCAAUCAUACUCAUCUCUUGAGUGUCUUACAAUUGAAAACUGUCCUGGUAUAAAGAGGCUCCCAACAUGCCUGCAGCACGUCUAAGCAGCCUAAGGUACAAAAGUGUAGAUGCCCGCUAUCAAGAGACUAGUCUUGUGAAGCCCAAGACAUGGAGAAAUAUAAUCCGCUUAGAUUGGUGAGAUGUCAUGAUGUCUCACGCCAUCACUAUGGGAAGCUACGACCAAUCAGCAGCAGGGUCUAUAUCUAGAGUUUUUUUUCAAUAGUCACUGUAUCACCAACUGCAUGUGUGGACUGUAAGAGCAAAUGCCGUUUGGUCAUUUUGUUCGUCCGUAGGGACUCUUUGAGCACAGUUUAGUCAGGAGUGAAUUUCCAUCUUUCAUAGUAGGAAACAGAGCAAGUACUACCAAACUGUAGUGUAUACUCUGCUUUCAGGUCAGCAUCAGGAAAGGAUGUGGCUAAAGCUAGAUACUUGAGCCUUGUUCAAGUUUUUGGAAAGAGAGUUUAAGGAGCCUCUGAA